AUUUGAUAUAUAUAAAUUAAAGUUUGCGAUUGAAAGGCUAAUUUAUGUUCAUGAAUCUGAUAAAAAAAAAUAUAUCGCUAUAUGAAGACAGGGUACCAGUAAGGAAUGAUAGAUGUGGAUGGAAGCAGGUCAGUUGACCUAUCAUGACGAAUUCAAGAAUUCUACUACGCUGAGAUUGCCUGGAGGUCAACUUGAGGGUAUAUUGCUAGUAAUGGGGCAGUUAGACUUAUUAGUAAUCCCUUUCCCUCCAAUAUACAGUAGUACACUCUUCUACAAUCAUACUGUAUAAUUUAUGUUUUUAAUAGGCGAAAAUGAAAUUGUAACACCGCUUGCCUUAUCGGUAAACUGGCAUGAAUGAUGAUGGGUGAAAGAAAUAAAGCAAUUAACCAAUUGAUCAUUGGUCAAUCGCAGCGAAUUCCACAAGAAUUUACCACGCUGCUUUCCAGGAGGAGCCAUGUAGGUCGACCUGAUAGGCUAUAUUUUUAGUAAUGGAGCUUUUAGACUUUCAUUAUCUUUUCCACCUAGUAUAACGUACUUAUUCCAAGCCUAAUAAUAAUGGUAUAUAAAUAUGGCAUCAGCGAAACAAAACUAUGAAAUAACUCUUGUCAAUUAGCCCAACUUAGAGAAUCCACUAUACAUUAACCACGAUACUUUCUGGGGGAUCGGUGUAAAAAUCUACCUAACGAUUUAUUGUAAGCAAUGGGACUAACUUGUCCAUUACGAACUUUUUCCUUUCCUCUUCUCUAUGGAUUACAAGUGGUAGAUGAAUAGAUAAGUAUAAUAUCUAUGGUGUUCUUUUUCACUGUGGUAGUUGUUAUUUAUUAAAUGAAAAAUAAAAAUAUUCAGAUAAAAAGCACCUACUUUUUCUAGGGGAACUAGGUUGUUUAUGCUAUCUACAAUGCUAAUUAUUUCUAGCUAUCUAUUUACAAUUAUAACAUUAGAUACAUAAUAACAACUGGUAUUUGGUUUCUAUAACAACAAUUUGUUUAGUCAUCAUAUCCACAGGAUAUAAUAUUUGUUACAUGGUAACCAAAUUUCUUUUAGCGUUGUUAGUAUUAAACCAAAGAGAUAAGUUUCUGCAACAUAUUAGAAUGGCUGGCAAGUUUGGGAGUUAUGAAGAUGACGAGGAAGAUGUACUGGCUCCAAAGGAACCACAGGUUACAUCCCAAGACCCUGAAGAGCGUAAAGCUGGUAGAGCUUUACGUAUCAAAAAAAGACAGGAAGCUUUGAAAAGAGCGGAACAGCAGACCGAUGAGACUAGCGGUGAAGAAGAACCAGGCCCUAUCGAACAGGCGACGGCACUUGCAGCUGAAGAACUUCAACGUUUAGCACUAGAUGGCGCUGCCAAAGUCACCAAUGUUAAAGUUACAACUGAUGAGCGGGAAGUCAUCCGACGGACACUCUUUUCGGAAAAAAUGAAUCGUUCUGUAAAAAAAAUAGAAGAGGAAGCUGCUGAUGCACAAUUGCAAUAUGAAGCAAUAACGUCCAACUGGGAUGUGAUGUUGACAAUAAAAGACCCUUUAGACAUUGAUAUGGAAAUUAAGGCCCAGAAACAAAAGUGCGACGACUUGUUAGCACAAAAGAAUAGCCUUAUUGACGAGCUAAAGAGCGAUCUCAAGCGAAUGGAUGAAGCUUAUUACGAAGAUUUAGAUAAACAAGAUAAAGACAUAAAAGAAUUAUCGGAUAGAAUCGAAAAGCAAGUGACUAUUAUGCAAAGAGCUUACGAAAAGCAGCUAAGUCUGAUUGAACUCGCUAUCAAUAUAGAACGGGAUGCCAUGGUUGAUCACAAUAACAAACGAUGGGAAGCACUCUAUAAACAGCGUGAUAGAGAAGAAAUUGCUCAUAUGGAAUAUAAGUUCGGACAGUUGGAAGAACAUAAAGCAGAGAUAGAAGCUAUUAUGUGGGACCACCACGAAAAAUAUCGUGAGGCUAAAAUUGAACUCGAAUCAUUGAUUCAAGAACUACAAAAAGAACUGGAGAAACUAAAAGCUACAUGUAUUAUAAAUACGGAGAAAAUCGGCUACAAUUAUCAGGUGUUAAAAAAACGUGAAGAAGAAAAUGUCUUCGUAAGAUCACAACAGAAACGGAAACUAAACAAAAUGUCAGAUAUAGCUAACAAUCUGCGGUCGAAAAUACGAAAGGCAGCCGAGGAUGGUGCCAUCGAGGAAAUCAAAGCUGACGCUGAAAUUGUUAAACUUAUGCAAACAAUGGAGGAUUUGGAAAAGAAAUCUGAGCAUUUCUCUCAUGUGAAUCACUACAAGUUCAGUCAGGUGUGGCGUAUGUCUGCCGCGAGGUGUUCCCAGCUCUUACGGGAACUACGACAGGCAGAAGUGGCGUUGCAUGCCCACGUCUUGUCUGAACCACCGCCGCAGCCAUCAGCGCCACCUCCAAAAAGUCCUUUAUCUAAAUAUGAACAUGAAGAUUUAGACAAAAAUGUGCAAAGUUCGAUAAUGCCAAAAGAGCCCGUAGAUCCUAAUAAUAAGAUUGCGCAAGAAGAAAAGGAUAAACUUGUUCGACAUAUAUUGCAACUAGUAGCAGACAAUACGGGAUUUUUAGUUGAAGAUCGUCUAUUAAAAUUAAUUGAAAAAUAUCAAUUAACAUCCCGAAAUCUAUGCACAUUAGACUCUAUUUUUAUGGCCCUUGAAAUUCAAGCUGAAGAGGACAUUGAACUACUAUGCAAGACAUUCUUAAAUUAUGCGUUUUGUCCUAUUUGUGUUGGUAUGGAUGCAGCAUCCGAAAUGAUGGAACCAUCAACUACUAUAUUGACAAACGAAGACUCUUCACAACAUGCCAGUAUUAGUGCUAAAGGAAUGAGGGUCGACAGGCCGUCAUUGCGAGGGCGUGCAAGUAUAGCUAGAAGCGUUUCUGCAAGCACCUCUCGCUCUGCCCAUGUUGGAUUUAAGGCUCAUGAAUUAUCCCCAGCUGACCAACUACUGAUGGCUGAAGCAGAUGAAAUCAUACAAAAAUGUGGUGACCCUCAAACUACUGUAUCUGUGACCGGUGGAGGCUCUGAUUCUGCGGGUCCUACAUCGUCACGACGCGCGGGUGCCCGAGGCGUCACGGUUUCCUCGCAACCGACCGUAGCCACGACAAGGACGACAAAUCCUUUUCUUUGCCCUGUUGGGCAUUAUCUUGAAAUCGAACCUAUGCAAGUGCUGACAGCUCUGGGUGAAUUUAUUUCUGUUUUUGUACCACCCGAGAAGAAGAAGCUUUACGAUAUUUUGGAUAGCGUAAAGCCACCAAACUUUAGUACGCCGUCAAGAAAACUAACAACUGAGGAGAUUACGCAGUAUUGGGCGCAAUGGAAGAACGUAUUCCCUUUUGAAAAAGAUCAUUUCUGGGAUGGACUUCUCACGGGCCUAAAUAAUUAUUUACCUAUUUUACAAGAACGCGAACGACUUCAUGAGGAAGUGAUGAUGCUGCGAAGUCGGAAUGCGGCGCUGAGACGGCUCGUACGUGGCGCGUUGCCCGAUCUGCCGUCAGCACCGCCGCGUUACGUUCGACCCGCGCCGCCAGCAUUUAUUGCAUCACACCCAGACAAUGCGCCUGAGCACUACGCAAAACUACCCCCAAUCUAAAGCUGUGUUUUCAGUGUUUUUUAUUUAGUAGGGACUAGCAGCUAAACGUUUCUAAACAAUAAAAUUUCAUAUUCUUUUGUAUUGUAUUCUUUUGAUAGAAUUCUUUUGUGUUCUUUACAUGACAAUAGUUAUUAAAUUUAUUGGAUAAACAAAGAGACUUGUUAUGAAAUAAUUAAAACUAAUUAAUUCUCAUAUAAGCGAAUU